UUAACGGACCAGGUUAUCCUUAAGACUCCAUUCCCCAGCAAGCUCUGCGCGUAGCGUGAGCUAUGGAGCCGCAGGUCGCAGAACUGAAGCAGAAGAUCGAGGACACGUUGUGCCCUUUUGGCUUCGAGGUUUACCCCUUUCAGGUGGCAUGGUAUAAUGCACUCCUGCCUCCAACCUUCCACCUAACCCUGCCAGGACCUACCCUGGCCUUCCUAGUACUCAGCACACCCGCCAUGUUUGACCGGGCCCUCAAACCGUUCCUGCAGAGCUGCCACCUCCAACGACUGAUUGACCCUGUGGACCAAUGUGUGGCCUACCACUUGGGCCGAGUUAGAGAGAACCUCCCAGAGUUGCAAAUCGAAGUCAUCGCUGACUAUGAGGUACACCCCAAUCGGCGCCCGAAGAUUCUGGCCCAGACUGCAGCCCAUGUGGCAGGGGCUGCUUACUACUACCAACGAAAGGAUGUGGAGGCUGACCCCUGGGGGGACCAGCACAUAUCAGGUGUGUGCAUACACCCCCGAUAUGGGGGCUGGUUUGCCAUCAGAGGAGUGGUGCUCCUGCCAGGAAUACAGGUGCCAGAUCUGCAACCCACAAAGCCUCUGGACUGUGUACCUAAAAGAGCUGACCGAAUCACCUUGCUUGAAGGGUUUAAUUUCCACUGGCGUGACUGGACGUACAGGGAUGCUGUGACACCACAAGAGCGCUACUCAGAAGAGCAGAAGGCUUACUUUUCCACUCCACCUGCCCAACGUUUAGCCUUGUUGGGCUUGGCCCAGCCCUCAGAGGAUCCUAGCUCUAGGCCUGCUGAACUACCUUUUACAGUACUCAGACCCAAAAAAACCCAGAAUCCCAGCAGAGCUCAGGGCUGGCUCAGCUCCCGUGUCUCACCACCAACAUCCCCUGGCCCUUGACAUCCUCCCUCCUGAGAUCGCUACUGGUAAGUGGUACUUGCUGGGACUUGUUUUGCUUUUCGGCAAGGCAAGGUUUAAUUUUAGGUAUAUUCUUGAUAGAAGAAUUACAGAGAUCUUCAAUGAAGAUAAGGCUCAGAAUUUGGUCAAAACAAAUUAAACACCCAGAAUUCCCACCUGGUUUAGAAUAUGGGAUUAUUCCUGUUAGCAU